GUAAGAGGUUAGUCUCCACCCCACACGUUACUCGCUGUCUCUCUCUUUCUCUCUCUCUCUUUCUCUUGUUGCUUUGUGUGCACGCGUCAGACGGUGUUGGGGUGUGUUGUGUUGUGUUGCAGGCAAUGUGGAUGGUGAGACAAGUGACGAGGCAAGGCUGCCGACAUACCUGGCCAGGAUGAAAGUCAGAAGGCACCGGUGCAUAAUACUCUGCACAGCCGGAGUUUGUUUGCUCUCUAUGUUGUAUUGUUAUAAAACUCUUUAUCAGGAAGCUCUGCUGCAGGGACUGUCCACUUACAGCUCUCGACUGUCAGGAUUCACAGGCGUACUCUGGCAAGACACAUUGAGUGCAACCCUCGUCUCUGACACUUAUGAGCAGAAGGCAAUUAGGCUGCAGGCAAAUCGUAGGAAGAACCCACCAGAAGAAGAUUUGCUCCUGCUAAACCCCUCAGGUCCACACGGGGAUCUUCCAAAACGAUUGUACAUUCUGCAGAAUGAUCCCACACCCUACUUCAGCCACACUGAGAACAAAGUGCUGUGCUUCAUUGAAGGGACAGAAAUGGAAUCAAAUAAGCUGGGAGAUGCCAUGGUUGGUGAACCUCAAAGUGUGCUUUUGGAGCAACGUGGAAAAAAUGGAACCAUUCCUCAAGAUCACCCAUAUUGCGUUUGUCACCAAGGUUGGCACGGCCCUAACUGUGGCAUUCCAACAGUGGUGCAACACUCAAAUCUUCCCACCAAAUCACACCUGAAGCCCAGGAAGGUUCCACGUCGAAUCAUAAAUGCGAUCAACAUCAAUCAUGAGUUUGACAUGCUGCAUGCCAGGUUUCAUGAACUAGCAGGUGCUGUGGAUCUCUUUCUGGUGUGUGAGUCGAACUACAGUGCAUAUGGUGAAGCCAAACCCCUGAACUUCCUUCGACUCCUCCUCAACGGAACGUUCGAUUACGUGAAGGACAAAAUCCUCUACGUCUUCCUGGACCAUUUUCCCAAAGGAGGCAGAGCUGAUGGCUGGAUUGCAGACGAUUACCUGCGCACCUUCUUGACCAAAAACGGACUGAAAAGGGUUCAAGGUCUGAGACCUGACGAUGUGUUCAUUCUGGACGACGCAGACGAGAUUCCGCUUCGGGAAGGAAUGCUUUUCCUCAAACUCUACGAUGGCUGGACAGAACCAUUUGGGAUUCACAUGCGGAAGUCCUUGUAUGGAUUUUACUGGAAGCAGCCGGGAACGCUGGACAUUUUAUCCGGAUGCACCAUAGGCAUGCUUCUUUCAGUCUAUAGAGGGGACGGGAUUCUGCUACGACGGCGGAAUUAUUACACCUUGUUGGGUGUCCGGGAGUACGAAAAGAAGUCAGGACAAGUUCUAAUGCCGUGGUCCAUCGGAAGCCCGGUUCACUACGCAGGAUGGCAUUGUUCAUGGUGCUUCACACCAGAGGGAAUUUAUUAUAAACUUGUUUCUGCACAAAAUGGAGAUUUUCCUCGCUGGGGAGACUUUGAGGAGAAACGGAAACUGAGUUACAUCAGGGAGUUAAUACGAACUGGUGGCUGGUUUGAUGGGACAGUAUCAAGCUAUCCUCUAGCAGACCCUAAAGAGCACAUGUUUGCUCCCAAAUAUCUGCUGAAUAAUUAUGAGACGUAUCGCUAUUUGUUAGAGAAUCCAUAUGUGAAGGGGUAAAAAUGAGCAGCAAAGUAUGACAUAAUGUCUACCUGAUAGCCGGAAUACCCCAAAAUGCUAAUUCAUCUUUGGUCAAGUAAUUGAACCCUGCAAGGCCAUUUUAUCUUGCUUCAUCAAAGUUGGUACUUAAGCAGAAAUGAUUACUGAACAUAAUAUUUUUUGAAUAGUAAAUGAAAGCUAGUACAGUAGGAGUGUACUGCUGCAUGUAAGCUCUCGUGCAUAUAUAAAUGUUUUAAUCCGA